AUGGCAACAGUAAAACUGGUUCUCGAAAAGAGAAUUCUUACUCAUUGGAAGUGUAUAACUCUUUAUUUUGCCGGUACAGCACCGUCGAUCAGGGAAGCUGGCAGAAAGAAGAUUGUCAUCCGAGCUUCAACAUCGGAACUGCUGCAUGGUCUUGGAAUAUUCUUAACUAAACGAUGUAAGGUGAAAAACUUUGAGCCUGCGCACCUUGUUAUGUGGCUAAGAACUGUUGAUCGAUCAUUGUUGUUACAGGGUUGGCAAGAUGUGGCUUUCUUGAAUCCAGCUAAUCUUGUAUUUGUUUAUAUGAUUCUAAAAGAUGCAAUUCCAUGUACUAACAAGAUUGCCAAUCUACAAGAAUUACAAUCUGUAGUAUUGACGUGUCUCUAUGUUAGUUACAGUUAUAUGGGUAAUGAAAUUUCAUACCCAUUAAAACCAUUUAUUGUCGAUUGUAAGGAUCAAAAUUUAUUCUGGGAUCGAUGUGUGCAAAUUAUUAAUUCGUUAAGUUCGGAUAUGCUUAGAAUUAACUCUUCAACAGCAUUUUUCACUGAAAUAUUUUCUGAACUUCAACAAUUCUCGUUGGAUAUCUAG